CUUAUCGUAUAAACAGUGCGACCGGGCUCAGCACGAAUUCUUGCCGAGAAAUCGCGGUUUUUCCAGUGUUUUUGAGUGAUUCGAUCGCGUGGAAAUGUCCGAGAUCAAGGCGGAGAGCAAGAAUGAUAACAGCAUCGAGGAUGUGUCGAAGGACCAUUCUGCAGAAGAGAAACCGACUCCAGCGAAAAACAAACGAGGAGGUACGAAAAGACUUUCCACGCUUGAAAGGGUGGCUCGGGAAGGAGAACAACUCACAAAGGAUUUGAAUGCGUCCGUUGGAGAAAUGGAAGGAAGGAGGCGUACGCGUAGUUCAGCACGGGGCCUCGCUUCAUCGACGCCUGUACCAUCUCCACCUAAAAAAGAAAAGAGAGACACAUCCACAAAAAGUACUGGCCGUGGACGCGGGCGUCCUAAACGGCAAGAGAAAAACAAUGAGAAUAAUACAGAUGAGGAAGCAGCAAACAAUAAGAGUGAGAAGCAUUCCGAAGAGGAAUCUAUGAAAAUGGAUGUGGAUGAGAAUAAAGAAGAAACAAAAAAAUUAGCGGACAACGAGGACAAAAGUGUUGUAAAAACAGAGAGCAAAGAAAUCGCUGAAAAAACGCAGGAAUCUAACUUCAAGGAGGAGAAAGUAACGGAAGAGUCGGAAAAUUUUACGGAAGAAACUAAGAGCACUUGUGUCAGCGAAGAGAAAAAGGAGGAAGACAUAAAGGAUAGCUCGGAUUCGAGUCAAGAUGCGACGGACACAGUAGCGGAAGCACCACCGUCGUCUUCAUCAGAGUCUCAGAACCCCUCUAACAUCAUCAUUACUACCGAGGAAAAUAAGGAAUAACCUCCUUUCGCCUGUUUACCAACUUCACCAGGUACCAGGGCGGCGCACACAUUGGGGUUACAGAUCCAGUCCCCUUGUCUAUUUUAACAAAUUGACACCUUCUUGCCAAUCGUUGGCUUGAUCAGCGUACGCGAGCUUUAUUUUAUUUCCUUUCUUAAUUCAAAGAUAAAACAUUAAGAUGUGUUUACGAUACGCACUUAUUGUCAAACUAAUAAAUGUACUCGUUACACUGAUUAGUUGGCGAUAGCAAGCAAGGUGUAGAGCAUACGUUGUUCAUGUACAAUGAUAAUAUUAUUGUAAAAUAUAUUUAAUAUGGACUUAUAUAGAGACAAGUUGUUUUCAAAUCAGAGCUGAGGCCGGAGUCUAAAACACAGCCUUCAAUUCAGAUCUGAUAUGGAAGUAGCUGAAAUUAAUUCGUACAUAGGAAAUUACUGUAAUACCUUAUCUUAUAUAAAUAAUGACUGAAUGA